AUGCAUUUCGCGUACCCCCCGCGCAAAAGCUCCAACCCUCCGCCUUUCCGCCCAAGAUCCGGUCCACUGCCUUCCCUUCGCCGUGGGCGAUUAAGAACCAUCGGCCUUGGGCUGCUGGCAUGCAUACUGGUGCUAUACCUAAUCUUCAAGCCCAGCAAGCAAAGCCCUUACCAUGAGCGCCAGCCUGCCGGAACGCCAACUGUCGUUUUGGUGACGGUCCUCGACACCAAGCAGUACAGCCCUGGAUAUUUGAAGACUAUCCGCGAGAACAGAGAAGAGUAUGCCUCGAGACAUGGCUACAAGACGAUCAUCACGGAAGCCUACCAAUACGACACCGCCGGAGCUCCCACGACCUGGACGAAACUGAUGGCCACGCGCCAUGCGCUUACAAAGUUCCCGGACUGCAAAUUCGUCUGGUACCUCGACCAGGAUGCUUACAUCAUGAACCCAGCACAAUCACUCGAUGAUCUUGUGCUGCAAUCGAAGCAGUUGGAGUCGCUGAUGAUCCGUGGCCAGCCCGUUGUGCCACCAGACAGCAUUAUCAAGACUUUUGGUCAUCUACGCGGAGAGCACAUUGAUGUUAUUCUGUCACAGGACAAGUCUGGUCUUGUACACAACAACAUUAUUAUCCGCAACGGAGAAUGGGCAAAAUUCUUCCUUGAGACGUGGCUGGAUCCUCUCUACAGAAGCUACAACUUCCAGAAGGCUGAGAGACAUGCUUUGGAACACAUUGUGCAGUGGCACCCCACGAUUUUGUCGAAACUGGCCCUUGUGCCCCAGCGCACAUUUGCUUCCUAUUCGAAGCCGACGCUCGGCGAGCAGUAUCAGGAGGGCGAUUUUGUCGCCAUGUUUGCUGGCUGCGCAAACAUUGGUCGCGAGAGCUGCGAAGUUGAGUCUGGCCAAUUCUGGGAGAAGUGGAAGGCCAGCUUCGGCUAA